ACUAUCGCGAUGUUUGCUUCAAAUUCUCGCCCAUGCAUUAUACUUGAGGAAACCCCGCAUGCUCUUCCUUUCUCAACAUGGCACCGAAGGUGAAGAAGGAAGGUUUGUCAAUCUAAUAGUUUUCUACUGAAUAUUCGUUGUAAUUAAGCUCACGUAGACUCCUAAUUUCAGGGAACAUAUCCGACUUAUAACGACAAAUCAAACAUUGUUUCUACACCACGCAGUUCAUCCGUUAAUAUGUCUUUAAUAAGCAGCUAACGUAAACGCUGGCCGGCAUGUACGCUGUAGCGUGAUGCUAAGCUAACAGCAGCAUGUUAGCGCUGACAACCCACAGGGUUGUCUAUUUACAGACAUCACCUCAUUAUUUCUCUCUAGUUGUUAAUUCUGUCCAUUGAUAAAGUCCCAUUUCUUAGGUACAGUUCGGUCCACCCUUAAACGCACCUUCAUAUUAAUGAUAGCCUCUCAUUAGCAUCUCAGCGUCGUUUCACCAGCUACCAGCACGUGAAAUAGUGCGUUUAGUUUAUGUGGUAAUUCAAGCAAAUAGUCGUUGCUUCUUUAACAUUAAAUUUCCACGUGAAUUUGUCCAUAACAGAAUAUCACAAUCUCUAUAUAUCCACAUCGUUCAGCCGAACAUUCGGACCAUUCAGUUCAGUCGGAAAGAGCAGCUACACUACGAACUCUGCUGUUAGGUAGCGUUUAUAUGUUCAGGGUCUGUUGGUAUUAUCAUGUAGGUAAUCAUCUUUUUUUCCUCUGCCUGUCAUACUAUGUCAUUAAAUCUUAAAGUGUAGACACUUAUAGAAAAUGUAUGAUCUAUGUUAUAGGUGUUGAGUUGCAUUAGGGUGUCGUUAUGGCUGAUCAAUUGGAUAAAGCAAUGACAGGUUAACUGUCAUGUUAUGUGUAUUUAAACUGAGUUGGUAACGUAUGCAUUUUGAUUUACGUAUGAAUUGAAUUGUUAUUUACAACUUUCAGCUAGGGCUGGGCGAUAAUACGAUAACAAUAUAUAUCAAAAAUUUAUUUCCAUCGAUAGAAAACAUGGUCUAUACGCUUUUCGAUGGUCAGCAUUUUGCCAUGCUUUGGUAGACUAUACAAAAAGCCAAUGAACAUGAAUGAAUGACACAAAGACCUCACAGAUGCAGUAGCUUAUUGUUUUGUAAAAGACAUGCUAUUAAUAAGCACUGUUAAAUUAAAGAGUAACAGGGAACAUUUAAGAUGGACAAGGGAUUUUUUUAUAUCGUGAUAUAUACCGAUAUCGGCUGAUAUGAAAAGAUAUUGUGAUAAACUUUUUCCCAUAUCGCCCAGCCCUACUUUCAGCCUAUUUAAGUUUUAAAACUGUGAGUGCAGUCUCUGUAGCUGUACUGUUUGGAGGGUUCAUUGUGUGAAUCUGGCUGUUAUUGACUAGUGUAAUUGGCCAGAAGUGCCAUGUGAAAGUUCUCUGUAAACUGAAAAUACUUAUUUUUGCUGUCAGUAUAAUUUGCAGUAAGGGUUAACACAACAAAUGUUUGACACUUUGGUUUUCUUUUUUUGUUUUAAGCUGUCCCUGCCAAGACUGAGGCCAAGUCAAAGGCCCUGAAGGCCAAGAAGGCUGUGCUCAAGGGCGUCCACAGCCAGAGGAAGAAGAAAGUCAGGACUUCUCCCACCUUCCGUCGCCCUAAAACCCUCCGCCUCCGCAGGCAACCUAAGUAUCCUCGCAAGAGUGCUCCUCGCAGGAACAAGUGAGUGACUAAACUGCUGAAAUAUCCAGAGUUUACACGGUGCAUAUGAUGUCUAAGCGAUCAAAGUAUGAUGAAGCAUGAUUCCAGCUUUAUACCACUGAUGCACCCUUUUAAAGCAACUGAAGUACAUCAAGGAAAUAUACAAAUGUACUCAAAAAGACCAUUGUGUGGGGGUGUGUAUCAUACUUUUAUUUGUAUUGGUUCUAAUAGAGGUUGCUUCUCUGUAGGUUGGACCAUUAUGCCAUCAUCAAGUUCCCCUUGACAACAGAGUCUGCAAUGAAGAAGAUUGAGGACAACAACACACUUGUAUUCAUUGUGGAUGUCAAGGCAAACAAGCACCAGAUCAAGCACGCUGUGAAGAAGCUGUACGACAUCGACGUGGCCAAAGUCAACACACUAAUCAGGUACACAUCACAAGUGUGUCUGUUUGAUGUGACCCUUCCAGGAACUGAAUUUUGUCAUGGUGCCCUUUGUGCAUUGCUUGUGUUAAUGACUCGGGGUAGAGAUAAUUGGUAUUGGAGGGUCUCUAUAAAAUUAUCUUUUUUUUAAUUGGAUUCAAAAGUGAAUGAUCAAUGAUUUACUUUUCCAGACCUCAGCAGUUAAAACGAAUUAGUCUGGCCUGAAUUGGUGGUUACACAGUCCUUUAGUUUCCUAUGUUACAUGUCAGUCUUGACUGCAACCACCUUAAGUUCACUAUAUUUAUGGUGUGUGUUUGCUUAUGUUUAGGCCCGAUGGUGAGAAGAAGGCGUACGUUCGUCUUGCACCAGAUUACGAUGCGUUGGAUGUUGCAAACAAGGUGAGUCCACACAGUCUGGUUCUAUAAAAAGGUGUAUUAGCAUUUGACAGCUACCUCAUUUCAAUGACCGCUGUUUCACUCUUAAAAGUCAUUUCUGUGCAAAGGAUGAAAAUUUAAACUAUGCCUGAAUGUCUGUGAUUGCAUUCAAAGGAACCACUGAUGCCAGAUCUUGUGCGUUCAGUACAUGCUGUUCAGCUGCUGGACAUUAUUUAAUUUCUUGUCCUUUUUUCUUUGCAGAUUGGCAUCAUCUAAAAGGUGGCGUAAAAGACUUGUGGAAAAAUAAAUAUUUGUAUAAAUCAAAAGUAACUGUGUUUUUGUUUCUGUCCACACAUCAAACAUAUAAUAUAUGUAAGUGGCUUGGCUCACAAUUUUGGAAAAUGCUUUAAUAUUUUCAUGGCUAUUUGUCUUUAAUAUUUUAAACAUUUGAUCCUCUAUUGGUCUUUCAAACCUUGGAGUUAAAUUCUACUCACAAACUAAAACUCAAACUGGGGCAACUAUUAAGAACUCUUUGAAACUUUGUCAGAGUUUCUUUUAACACAUUUAAUGACUCAAGUCUGUAAUGUUGACAAACUGCUUAUAGAGUGAUUGAAUUUCACUCAGAAAAGCAGCACAUUCUCUGCUGGAAAAAUAUAGGGUCUGUAGUUUGGACAUGGGCAGCUGGUAACUUUCUUUUAGUAGUAAAAUUAUUUUAUCUCAAACGUUCAGGUGAUCUUGCCAGUUCUGCACCUGUAUAAAGUAAUUCAAGUUUUUCUUUUUUAGUGUAGGUUUAAAAAUCACAUCUCAUUUUUAUACCUCAAAUUAACAUGAUUUAAGUUUCUGAAUUAAAAAAAAAUCAAAAAGAUGCCCAGUUGAAGUGAAAUUUCAGACUAAUAUCCCCCCUGCUAUAUUUUAAUUUAACUUGAUGCCAACAGAGUAUAGGGGUGUGUCAUUUAGAGCCAACCCAUUUACAGAAGUUCUAGUAGUGUGCAUGAGUGGAAAGAGUCAAGCUUCCAGCUCAAUAUUCACAUCGAUUCAACUGAUUUAAAAAAAGAAAAAGGAUGUUACCCAAAACACUUAAUUCCAGUUUUUCAAACAGACUUUAAUGAAUCAUUCUUACAUCAUAUCCUGUACCAGAAACAGAAUCCAAGUAUGUAUGCAGAGUUAGUGCAAUGUCACCAAUGUACUCAUGUUGAAUACUUUCCAUUAUGUGUGAUUUCUAUGUACCAUAUGAGUUACUGAUCACAAGAUAACCCAUUUAUACUUAGAUACUGAAUAAUGUAGCUCUGACAGUAAAAGCUAGAUUAUGAAAUUAAGUGUCAAACUAGAAGCUGUUCACCAUUGUAAUGACAUUCUUUGUGAUACAUUAUCUCUAUAAGAGAGGACUAUGUCUAUGAGCUUGAUUAAUUUACCUUGAACUAUCAUGUGAAUUUUGUGUCUGUUAAGAAACAAAAACAAAAGCACAACAACCUUUCUGUGACCAGUGGGUAGUUUUUCACAUUGCGUACAUUCAUUGUGAAACACUAGACUGAUGUGAGUGCGGCUCUCAGCGUCUUGUCUUCAGGAGAGGAAGGUCCUGACUGUGCCUUUAACCAGGCCUCUGCAGAUGGGGCACUUUCUCAGUGAUGGCGCACAUUCUUUACACACCACCAGGUGUCCACAUGGGAUGAAGACGAUGUUGACUUCUUUGUCCAUACAUACCUUGCAGGUACGCUCCUCCUGCAGGCGCCGCAGCUGCUCCUCCAUGGGAAGAUCUG